CAACCGCCUACGAAGAAGAAAAAGAAAGCGGUUCCGGUGUAAGCGGGGGUCACAGAAGGCAAAGCAGAGGGGCACAGAAAUCUGCAAGAUUUCAACAUGUCGAUCCGAAGAGCGCUGUACAUUGGACGCUUGACGCUGAAUUGGAGCAGGCCCAUCCACCACAGUGCUGUGUGGAGGAGUCCUCUUAUACCCAUAGUUGUGGAGCAGACGGGGAGAGGUGAGAGAGCGUAUGACAUCUAUUCUCGCCUCCUGAGAGAGAGAAUCAUCUGUGUUAUGGGGCCUAUUGAUGACUCUGUAGCCAGUCUUGUUAUCGCCCAGCUGCUCUUCCUACAGUCAGAAAGCAACAACAAACCCAUUCACAUGUACAUCAACAGUCCAGGUGGUGUGGUGACAGCAGGCCUGGCCAUUUAUGACACUAUGCAGUACAUCCUCAACCCCAUCUCCACUUGGUGUGUUGGCCAGGCAGCCAGUAUGGGCAGCUUGCUCCUGGCAGCAGGAACGUCAGGCAUGAGGCAUUCACUUCCCAAUGCCCGCAUCAUGGUCCACCAGCCUUCAGGGGGCGCCAGGGGUCAGGCCACAGACAUUGCAAUCCAGGCUGAGGAGAUUCUGAAACUGAAGAGACAGAUCAAUAACAUCUAUGCCAAACACACUGGGCAGCUGCUGGAAACCAUUGAGAGUGUGAUGGAAAGGGAUCGCUACAUGAGCCCCAUGGAGGCGCAGGACUUUGGCCUCAUCGACCGGGUCCUGGUCCACCCGCCCCAGGCAGGCCAGGAUGAGCCUGAGCUGGUGCAGAAAGAGCCAGCAGCACCAGCCAGUCCCUCUCCACAGCCAGAGUCUGCAGCCCCUGAGCAGGCCCACCCUGGGACAACACCCCCAUCCUCACACAAACCUGAGCCAUGAACCACCACCAUUUCUUUGUUUCUCUUUCGACCCCCUGUCAAACAUAUGAGCAGACAUCAUGCACAGAUCAGAAAGUGUCAUCCUAUGAAGUUACUCAUCCCUUUUUUAAAUUCAAUUUGCAAUGUGGAUGCCUGGAGUCUAUGAAAUCAAAUUCAAAGACGUAACCGCUUAAAAGAUUGCAGUCACUUUUUUAACAAGCUUUUUGUUACUCAACUUUGAAUUACACUCAUAUUAAGUUGUAUGUCAGCUGAGCUGUAUUUGCAGAAUGAAAGCUCAGCGACAUGAGAUGCUGUGGGCAACAUUUAGCCAUUGAGCCAUCUUUGUUCUGUCACUGCAGACAUGUCCACCGAAGAGAAGAAAGGACCUGUAUGAUCUGUAUUUGUAACACAUAAAUGUUAUCAUUUUGACCAUAACAGAAAAAAUGGACUGCUAGUUCUUGA